AUGGCUCUAGACAAAGCAUUCAGCAUCAAGGACAUAGGUGAUCUCAAAUAUUUCUUAGGAUUGAAAAUAGCUAGGAGCAACAAAGGUAUCUCUGUUUGUCAAAGAAAAUAUGUCACUGGUUUGUUGAAGGACUAUGGCUUGAGUGAUGCCAAACCAGUUAGUACUUUCAUGGAGUAUACAUUAAAAUUAUCCAGAUCAGCUGCACCUCUGUAUGACGACAUUUCAGCAUAUCGCAGAUUGGUUAAGAGAUUGGUGUAUUUGACCACGACAAGGCCAGACAUUUGUUAUGUAGUUGGCAAGUUAAGCUUCACUAAUGCUGAUUGGGCAUCUUGUCCAUAUAUCAAGAGGUCAAUUUCUGGGUAUUGCUUCUUUUUAAAUGAUGCUUUGGUUUCUUGGAAGAGUGAAAAGCAACUUACUGUAGCAAGGUCAUCCUCAGAAGCCGAAUAUAGAGCCAUGGCAGCUGGUCUGUGUGAGUCUGUCCUUUAUAUUGCUGCGAAUUCUGUGUUUCAUGAAAGGACUAAGCACAUUGAGGUAGAUUGUCAUGUGGUGCGAGAAAGAGCUAUGCUUGGGUUAGUUAAGUUGCUACCUAUCUCAAGCAAAAAUCAAACAGCGGAUAUCUUCACCAAGGCCUUAGCACCUGGUCCUUUUUAG